GGAAUUGAAGAACAUCGCGACAACGACGACAACACUUUACAACCACCUCGACUAUCUACGCCAAGGUGAGCUCACAUUCCGACCUAAUUUGAACUGCGAUCGCUUUUGGGAAUUUGGGAUAUUGGAGGAUUGGCACAUUACUUGGAGGUUCUGGAACUGGGUCAUCGAUUUUUUUCGACAUUCGACAAAAGCAUUAUCAAUUGUUUUCUAUGAUACGGGCUGGCAUCUUUGGUGGAACAAAAAGCUAACAUAUAUUCGAAUUUGAAGGACAAUAAUCCAAGAUGGCUUCCACUCAGUCUGUUCAGUGUUUCGGAAAGAAGAAGACCGGUAAGAAUUUCAAUCUGAGUUUGGCUCUCUUGAAAUGCACACCAGGACUAACAUUUUUCAAAAUAGCCACAGCAGUUGCCCACUGCAAGGUACGCAUUUCCUCGACGAAAGCUCCACACGUCCACAACAACAGCCCGAAGAAUUUAUAUACUGAUCACAAGGAAAUAGGCCGGAAAGGGACUUGUCAAGGUUAACGGAAAGCCUUUGAACUUGGUUCAGCCUGAGGUCUUGAGAUUCAAGGUCUACGAGCCCCUCUUGAUCGUCGGUCUCGACAGAUUCGCCGGUGUUGACAUCCGUGUCCGAGUUACCGGUGGUGGUCAAACCUCCCAAAUCUAUGCCAUCCGUCAAGCUAUCUCCAAGGCCAUCGUUGCCUACUACCAAAAGUUCGUCGACGAGCACUCAAAGAACCAAUUGAAGCAAGCCCUCGUUACCUACGACAGAACCCUCUUGGUUGCCGAUAACAGACGUUGCGAGCCAAAGAAGUUCGGAGGUCAGUUAUUCUGUAUAAAGAGUAGGAUUCGGACUCCCGCUAAUAUUUUCAAUAGGUCCCGGUGCCAGAGCCAGAUACCAAAAAUCUUACCGUUAAAUUUGGGGUUUCAUGGGUUGCGGAUUUGGGGGAGUGGUUAUGCAGCAUUUGCAUUGGACUGGCUUUUUACGCUGGUUUAUAGAAUUAUGAGCAAAUAAAUGCAAAAUUCUUCCGACAUGUUCAUGAACUAAGGAGCAUAUGGCAAUGGAAAUGUUGAUUAAUACAACGACAAAGUGCUAAGAACUCGCGUGAGUUCUGUUGUGUGAUUAUCUGGUGAUAAGGGGGGUCGCUUCAAACGACCGAAAGCACUAAGUAGAAAUGGCCACAUCUACAUCUACAAAUACACUUCCCAUUCCU